CGGUCGAGCAUUGCCUGACGAUGGUUGGAAUUGUUGCAACAUCGCUUCGCUGUUUGUUCAAAAAGUAGUGGUAGCCCGUAGCUCCAACGACAUUCCUGCACUGCAUAUUCAUCAGACAGCAGCUCAUAAUGACUCUCCCAAAGAGUGAGCCCAUUGCCAUUAUUGGCGGCGGUGCAUUCGGUCUGUCGGCAGCACUUGAGCUCUCAAAAAAUGGCUACACCAACAUUACUGUCUUCGAGAAAGAUGAGGAGAUUCCUUCGCGCUGGUCUGCUGCAAACGACCUCAACAAGAUUGCAAGAGCAGAGUAUGAGGACGAUUGGUACACCGAUCUCGCAAUCGAAGCAAUGAAAGAAUGGCAAACGCCCUUCUAUGCACCCUAUUUCCACCGCGUCGGCUUCCUGAACUGCUGCUCGGAAGCCGCGCCGCAAAAAGCCAUCGACACAAUGGAACGGUUCAAGGCAGCGGCAGAGCGCAGCUCAGUCAUGAAACCGUUCGUCCACAAGGUCAAUGACCGCAAAGACCUCCUCCAGGCGUGUUGGCAGUUCACUGGCUCGCUGCCUGGUUGGAGAGGCUACAUUAACACGUACGACGGCUACGUACACUCUGCAAAUGCGCUGCGCGGUGUCUACCGUGCUGCAAGGUCGAACGGUGUAAAGUUUUUUAUUGGCGAGAAGGUCGGCGCCGUCAAAGAGGUGGUCUACGAGAACACCAGCCGUGGGAGGCAAAGCACCGGUGUGCGAACGCCGGAUGGUCGCGUACACCCCGCGUCCCUAGUCAUCGUCGCUGUAGGAGCAGCUGCCCACAAAAUUCUGCCCGAGCUAGGCACCAACGUAUCAGCGAAGUCGUGGUCAGUCGGCCACGUGCGCCUCACGGACGACGAAACUGCGGCCCUUCGCGGCAUCCCUGUGGUAUAUGCCCGCGAUCUGGGCUUCUUCUUCGAGCCGGACCCGAAGACGAACCUCCUUAAGCUGUGCCCCAUGGGCGGCGGCUACGUCAACACUGAUCCUGCGAGCGGUGUGUCGAAAGCGCCGGAAGAGCUCAAUCGCUUUGUACCAUUCGAAGAUGAGCUUAAGAUGAGGGAACUCCUCCGCCAAACGUUGCCACAUCUUGCAGAUCGCCCAUUGGUCGAGAAGACGCUGUGCUGGUUCGCCGACACCGACGACUCAGAUUUCAUCAUCGACUACGUGCCGAGAACAUCCUCGUCGGUCAUGGUUAUGACUGGCGAUUCUGGCCACGGUUUCAAGAUGUUCCCAAUAGUGGGUCGCUGGGUACGCGAUCUGUUGAACGCAUCGGGCGGGCAACAGCCGAUCAAGAGGUGGAGGUGGAGGGAACCGAAGCCUGUCAAUGGCGAGACAAGUCAGGAUGCCGAUGUUAGCUGGCGGGUGGGAGAUGUUAGGGAACUCCGCGACUUGUCGGAGCAGCCGGUGAAGGCGAAGUUGUAAUUUAAUGAGUUUACGGUUGCAUAAUCCAGAUUGAAGCAUAAACUAGAUG